AUGAGUGAUAGAACAUGUACCACUAAUAAACAAAAUUCGACAAACGAUUGGUAUGAGAAUUCUAUUCCGAAGCCACCGGUACCUUCACUGGAACAUACUCUCAAACGAUACCUAGAAUACGUAUCAGUGGUGGUUAACAAUGACCAAACGAAGCUAUCACAUAUUGAAAAAGCAGUGGAUGAAUUUCGAAAUAUUGGCGCAAGACUACAAGAAAAACUUGAAAAAAUAGCAAAUGAAGAAGACAACUGGAUCAAUCAAUACUGGUUGCCAGAAAUGUAUUUGAAAGUAAGGCUUCCAUUACCAGUGAAUUCUAAUCCAGCUUUUAUCUUUCCACAGCAGAGUUUCAGCAAUUUGGAUGAACAGCUAAGCUACACAUCUUGGCUUAUUCGUGGAUUUUGUGAUUAUAAAGAUUUGAUCGACAGGAAGCUAAUUUCUCGAGAGGUUUCAACAGGUCGCCAUAAAGUACAAAUGUGCAUGGAACAAUACGACCGAAUGUUUCGCUGUUAUCGUGAGCCAGGUAUUCCGGUUGACAUUCUGCAUUACAAACCGAUUAUCGGUAACGGAAAUGAAGGGAUUAACUGCAAGGAGCAUAUACUUGUGAUGUGCAAUAAUCAGACAUUUAUUGUAUUCACUCGAUAUGAUGGCGUUCUACUCUCACAAGCCGAAAUAUCGAAGCAAUUGGAAAAGGUGGUUGAGAUGAGCAGAAUUAAUAGCGACCAAACGAUCGAUACUAUUAUUGCUGGUGCUAGUGCAGGCGAUCGUGAUGAUGCCGCUAAAUUUUGGAACUUUAUGAAGGAAGAUAAACAGAAUCAGGAAGCAUUAAAUUGGAUCAAAUCCGCUUCAUUUGGGGUUUGCAUCGAUAUUAAUAGCGAAAUAAAAUGGUCUGAGAACUAUGAAAGUAAUUUGGCAUAUCGUGGAAUGCAUUUAUUACAUGGUUUUGGCAGCAAGGCAAAGGGUUUAAAUCGAUGGUAUGAUAUGAGCAUACAGAUUGUUGUUGCGAAUGACGGUACAAAUGGGUUAUGCAUAGAACAUUCGGUUGCAGAAGGAAUUGUAAUCAUAAAGUUGGUCGAAUAUGUCAUGCAAUUUGUGGAACGGAACAAUGGCCAACAAAUAUGGGAUAAUUCAAAGAACAUAGUACCACUGCAACUUCACUGGACUCUAUUACCAAAUGCCAAACCAUUUCUACAAAAACAAAUUAAAAUCUUGGACCAUUUGGCGAAUGAUUUGAACUUACAAGUGUUAAUUUUUGAUGGGUUUGGAAAAGAAUUCAUAAAAUCGUGCAAUAUCAGCCCGGAUGGUUUUGUUCAGUUGACGUUGCAGCUUGCUUAUUACAGAUUACACGGACACUUAGUGUCAACAUACGAAAGUGCGUCCAUGAGGAGAUUUCGUUACGGUCGUGUGGAUAAUAUUCGUGCUGCAACACCAGAAGCGUUACGAUGGGUACAAGCGAUGUACGUGAAAAAUAACACAAAAGAUGAGAAGCAAAAACUUUUUAUGGAAGCAGUGAAAAAGCAAGCAGAAAUUACACUUGAGAAUGUAACCGGUCAUGGUAUCGAUAAUCAUUUGUGUGCGCUUCAUUCGCUUGCUAAGGGGGAAGUGGAAGAAGGUUUAUUGCCAAAAAUGCCAGAACUCUUUCUGGAUCCUAUAUGGACAGAAACCAUGCGAUUUCCGCUGUCAACAAGCCAGGUAACAACUUCUACUGCAAUUAACGACACAUACCUCUGCUAUGGACCUGUCGUUAAAGAUGGUUAUGGAUGUUCAUAUAACAUUCAAUCACGUUCAAUCAUCUUUGCGCCAUCCUCAUUUAUAAGUUGCCCUGCUACAAAUGCUGAACACUUCAAAAAAUCAUUGGUUGAUUCACUGUAUGAUAUUCAAUCAUUAAUUACGCGGUAA